AUGGCUUCUUCUUCUCUUUGCAAUUCUUUCGACCCUUCUGCUGCUGCUGCUGCUGCUGCUGCUGCUGCUGCUGCUGCUGCUGCCGAUUCGCCGCAGAAGGAAUUCAACUCAAAUAACCACCCCCCACUCGAUCCCCACGCACAAGACCCCGAGGGAACUGCACAGCUGCUGCCGCCGCCAACUGCAGAUCUCUCUCCCGCUGCUGCUGCUGCUGCAGCAGCAGCAGCAGCUGCUGCUGCUGCUGCUGCUGCAGCAGCGGAUGCAGAGCCGAGCAGCAGCAGCAGCAGCGGAGUAGAGCAAACAAGUGAAAACAGUGAAGACGGCAGCCGCUCUACCGCCACGCCGCGAGGUGUAUGUACACCCCAGGACAUGCAACUUCCGCCAGAGUCUUGCAGCAGCAGCGCCGCAAACAGAGAAGCAAAUGAAACAGACAGCAGCAGCAGCAGCAGCAGCAGCAGCAGCAGCAGCAGCAGCAGCAGCAGCAGCAGCAGCAAAGAGGCUUCGGGCCUCGAGAAAGAGACUUCUUUGAAUUUCAACUUUUCCCAAAAAGACUCCCCAGGGCCCCUCAGGUGUCCCUCUCGGGUGUCUCAGCUGAAAUUGUUUUUCGAAAGACAAAUAGACAAGGCCCACACGCAGCAGCAGCAGCAGCAGCUGCUGCUGCUGCAGCAGGAACACAGGCAGCAGCAGCAGCAGCAGCAGCAGCAGCACCCGCGGCACGAACACCGCCCGCAGCCGCAACAAGAACAGCAGCAGCACCCGCAGCAGCAGCAGCAGGAGCAGCAGCAGCAGGAGCAGCAGCAGGAGCAGCAGCAGCAGCAGCAGCGCGUUUCGGCUUCGCCUGUCGACAGCAGCAGCAGCAGCAGCAGCAGCGGCAGAGCAGCAGCAAGGAAGCUGACAGCAGCAAAGCGCAUGCAGCAAAGCAGCAUCGACAUCGCAGCUCGCUAUGGAAAGCCUUACAGGCCCUCGUGUGCAGACACUGCAGCACAGCAGCAGGAGCCGCACAGCCCUGCUGCUGCUGCUGCUGACAGCAGCAGCAGCAGCAGCAGCAGCAGCAGCAGCAGCAGCAGCAGCAGCGAGGAUUCGGAAGUUCUCUCGGGGCGGCGCAGCAGCAGCAGCGGGUUCGAGAAGCGAGGUGUACAUACACCCGAAGCUGCUGCGCCGGAGCUGCUGAGGCCCCGCAGCAGAGCAGCAGACAGCAGCAGAAGCAGCAGCGCCGGGGACGCCGCUGCUGCCCCCGCAGCAGCAGCAGCAGCAGCAGCAGCAGCAGCAGCAGCAGCAGGGAAGGGCCCGGUGUGCAUGCACGCCUCGCGGGAAAUCGAGCGACUUGCUGCACUGGUAGCAGCAGAAGCGAAGAACUACGGAAAGCCAAUUCCAAAAAGACUUUUGACGAAACAAAACUUCCAAGAAGACACCUGA